UCAAAAUGGUUCAUCAUCAAACGAUGCCCAGAAUUGAGUGUCAAACGCGGAUAGUGGCCAGAAAACGCGUGGCACCCGAAGACAAAGGGAAACAAGUUAAGCGAGUUAAGAGAGAACCACAGAAACAGCAACCGAAGUCCUACCGCAGGAGCGUGCGGCUAAGCAGUAAAAAGGCUUCUGCAACUGACCCUCCGACCAGCAUCCAGACCCGAGAACAUUAUACAAAACUAAAUCAGAAACGAUCUUCUGAAGACCAAACACUCUCCUCUUCAAAACGACCACGAUUGUCUUUACCGAGCUUAGCUAUUGACCCCCCUGAGGAAGAAAAGCGACAUAUUACCAACUGGAAGAAGAUUGACCUGACUAGAUAUUGGUGCAGGAAUGACUGCUGGCCUAAAGAAUAUUUUAGAGCACAGCCUGGACAGAUUGAAAACAUGAGCCACCUUCUUGCAGAGAAAAAGUCAACAGCUUCUCUUCGCCGCAAGAACUCAAAUUCGAGUCUUGCUACAGGCUCUAACGCACCAACUGAUCAAGAAUCGAGAGAUGGAAAGAGCGCCAAAUACAGAAGCGCUACUUAUGAGACCGUCCUUGCCACCAAAGGCAGCUUUAUGGCUGAAUCUGAACUUGAAGUAACAGAAAGAAGCAAGCAGAUUUGCAAAACACUACUUGACAAGAAACAGACGAUUCCUGAAGGCACAAUAUUUGAGAAUGACCAAUUCCAGAAGGCUUACCAAAAGCUACAGAGUAAAAACAAAUCAAGAGUUAUUCAAGAUCUAUCUCGGUUGAUUGUUCCUGCGGCGGAGACAUUAGCUACAUGUGGCGCUAAGAAUCUCGAGUGUUUGGUUGAAAGCGUCAAUGAACCAUGGGGUUCCUCUAUUGCCUUCUGUGGACCACGUCCGCAGCCUGAUUAUGCGGUCGGGUUUGGCCGGUCUGCAUUCACAGAAGACGAGCUAAAUAAGUUGGAGCCAUUUCUUGGUGAUGACCUGGAAACCUACAGCUCCUUCUUCCUAGCCACCUUCUACAUGUACUUUCCUUUCUUGACCAGUGAGGUUAAGGGUACCGCCGCCCUCGACAUCGCCGAUCGACAGAACGCACACAGCAUGACCCUUGCUGUGAGGGGUGUUGUUGAGCUGUUUAAACUUGUGGGACGCGAGGAGGAGGUCAAUCGCGAGAUCUUGGCUUUCUCGAUCUCGCACGACCACAGGACAGUGAGAAUAUACGGCCACUAUGCAGUCAUUGAGGGGAACAAGACAUCCUUCUACCGUCACCCAAUCAGAACAUUUGACUUUACCAGCGAGGAGGGGAAGGAUACGUGGAGUGCAUACAAGUUUACCAAGAAUGUUUACGACAUGUGGAUGCCAGAUCACCUGAGAAGGAUCCGGUCUGCCAUUGAUGAGAUCCCUCGUGGAGUAAGUUUUGACGUUUCACAGUCAGAACCUGGACUCUCUCGAUCAAACGCCCGGAUUCUGCCCACCAGUCCAAACGACCUCUGAUCAUCUCUGUCACAAGUGAGGUGUAGAUUCAGGAUGGCAAGUUGGACAACACACGAGAGGCACUACCGCUAUUACGAUAACUGCUUCUUGAAAAGAACCCUUUCACCCAGCGAAUAUCAGCGCGAUUUCCGUGGCCAACUACACAUUUCACUCGACAACGCGGCGAGACUCGCAAAUGAAGCUGCCACCUUAGACUUCAUCGGCCAAGAGACUGACAUCCCCGUCCCACGCGUCAUUCACGCCGUGAUCGAGCAGAUUGAAAGGUAUAAGAGAACAUUACAAGGCCUACGCUCUAGUUGCAUUGGUGGACCAACUGGUAUUGUCUGUCCUCCACCAGUCGCCAAACAACUGCAACGCGAUGAAAUGUGGAUUACGAAGCAUUCUCCAGCUAAAGGGUAUGUGUUCUGCCACAACGAUCUUUCGCAAUCCAAUGUCAUCGUCGAUCCAGAUACUCUGGAAGUUAAUGGUAUCAUCGAUUGGGAGUUUGCUGGAUUUUUCCCAAAAUGUUUCGAUGCCCCAUUCUACAGAAGCCCCAAGCCUUCAGGAGCACAGAUACGAUCCCUCGCUGAUACUUGUGAAUUGGAACAGUUCUUCUCGGUAUGGGAGUUGGAUCAGAAUUUUUCGUUUCUUGAUCUACAAUAUCUAACUAGUGAGUGUACCAGAGAUUGGGUUGAGGAGGGGCCCUACAGCUGUCCUAGUCUCUGAUAUUUUGAAUGGAAUGGAAGAUAGCUAGGCAACAUAAUAGAUUAAUUAUUCAGAGAGUG